UUUGUUAUACGGAAUUUCAUGGAAGGCAACUGCUGAAGCUAAUACGACAGCAAGAACCCUCUCUCUCAAUUCGUGGCACCCAAAUCCGAAACAAAAAAAACAAACCUAAAUUGGAGGAGAAAUUUACGAAGAUACUCCACCAAAUACAAACUUUGAUUUGUGCGUUUCACGUUCCGUUUCUACAACAGAUCCCAUUUUCGUCUUCUUCUUCUUCUUCUGCAAUUCUGUUCUUCAUUCCAUUGUAUUUAAUUUACUCUCAAUCUCAAUCUCAAUCUCAACCUUCCAGCAAUUCUUUUGGCAUUUUUUUUUCUAUUUUAUCAUUUCGAGGAAGAAUCGCCAUCUGGGUGUUUAUUGCUCCUCGAUCCGAUUGUUUUCCGGACCCACCCACCUACCCCUCUCCACGCUUUCCCCUCUCCACCGAGAUCUGGGCGGCAUCACGGAAUCGUUUUUCGACCUUCAUCUGUGUAAUCCCUUUAUCAGUUCUGGUGUCUUGUUCGGUGAAUCGAGCUUGAGGAAGUCCUUUCUCUUUAUUGGAAUUAUUGCGCGUUUCAAUCUUUGGACGGCUAUCAUGGGAGGCUGUGUAUCAACACCGUCAAAAAAAAUUAGAACUCGGAAAAAACUGCAUCAUCAGUUUGGAAAAUAUGGUAAAAAGAUUUCGAGUUCUAUCCCAAGAGCUAUCAAAAAAAGGAAGAGCAGUGCAGGAAAUAGGGUAACUGAUUAUGCUGUCAGUGAGUUUGUUCAUUUGGAUUUUGAGAGUGGUACAACAACUACUUGUAGAAGAUCAGAGGUUUCUAAUUCAACAUUUCACCUCACCCAGCUACAAUGGCUCCACAGUCAAUAUGAUGGAAAUGCAAUUGGCCAAGACGAAGCUUGGUUCGACUCUGUCAGCGUUCUGGAGUCUGAUUCAGACGAUGAAUUCAGUAGUUUGCAUGGAGAUGGUUUUCCAUUAGUGGGAAAUGCAAUCGGGAACAUCUCAAGUGGCCAAGUGGUUCAGUACGAAAGAUCAUGCUUUCUGGAAAAUAGGUGCAAGUAUGAAGAAUACCACGAAAGCUUUCUAAAAAUAGAUGGAGGAAAAUCAGAAAAUAUCAAGAACAAGGACGGAUUGGGUCUGAUAAGUAGCCAAGGCCAUGAAAUUUGCAGCAAGAGGAGGUCAAUGUUAGAUCAUUCUUAUGGCAGCUUCAAAGGUAUAAAAGAGGAUUGGCGUACUUCUACAGAGAAGAAUCAAGAGAAUACGUUUAAGUCUGCCUUACCUCGUAUGGUUCCCUCUCUCAGUUUCAAUGAGAAGAUUCUGAAUUCUCAGGCUCCUCAGGCACCCAAAAAGCAGUCAGCAGUUUUCAGGCUUUCUUUAAAGAGACGGUCAUGCGAAGGAGAAGAAACCAUAGAAAAGUGCGAAUCAAAGAAGUAUCUGUACCGUCCUAGAGCCGGACAUAUACCAUGUUCUUCAGGAGAGAAACCAACCCCAGGAUGCUGGUCCGAGAUUCCACCAUCAACUUUCAAACUCCGUAGUGAAAGCUACUUCAAAGAUAAGAAGAAAUAUCCUGCUCCAAAUACCAGUCCUUAUGUUCCAAUUGGUGUCGAUUUAUUUAUGUGUCCCAAAAAAAUUAAUCACAUUGCUCAACACCUGGAGCUUCCUUCUGUGAAAUCUGAUGCAAAAGUGCCUACUCUACUAAUUGUAAACAUUCAGUUGCCCGCUUAUCCUGCUGCAAUGUUCCUUGGUGAUAGUGAUGGGGAGGGAAUGAGUCUUGUUUUGUAUUUCAAAGUUUCUGAGAAGUUUGAGAAGGACGUCUCUCUUCAUUAUCAGGAAAGUAUCAAGAAAUUGGUUGAUGAUGAGAUGGAAAAAAUCAAAGGAUUUACGAAAGAUUCUACUGUUCCAUUCAGGGAAAGGCUAAAAAUUAUGGCAGGGGUGGUUAAUCCAGAGGAGCUCCAUUUGAGCUCUACUGAAAGGAAGCUCGUUAGUGCUUAUAACGAAAAACCUGUCCUUUCACGGCCUCAGCACAGUUUUUACAAGGGACAAAAUUACUUCGAGAUAGAUCUUGACAUUCAUCGUUUCAGCUACAUAUCAAGAAAGGGACUUGAAUCAUUCCGAGAACGUUUGAAACAUGGAAUACUCGAUCUUGGUCUAACCAUCCAGGCACAAAAACCUGAAGAACUGCCAGAGCAAGUUCUGUGUUGUGUGAGGCUGAAUAAGAUUGAUUUUAUGGGUCAUGACAUUCCCACAUUAGUGACCCCUGAAGAAGAUUGAUACUGAUCGAUAGUACAGUACAUUUCUCGAUUUGCCACGACAUGUCGUUACUGGAGCUGCUCUACAAAAGCAGGUAGAUGGCAUCUGUUUUCAACACACCGAAAUACCGCCCCUCUGGUUCUUCUAUAUAAUACGAAAGUAUCCUCGAGUUUUUGGCCAGUAAAUCACUCUUCUUCUUCCCAACCCAGAAGCAAGCCUGCACUGGGCAAUGCCUCGAUGCCAUGUUAACAGUUUACACCCCUUUUCUCACUGUAUAUGUUUAUUACAUUGUCCUGAUAAUAAGAGCCAAUAAUUUAUUUGAAAUGCAGAUCAGAGCAUAACUCAACUCAAGACAUCAAUAAUCUUCCUUAUGAGUAGCA